AUGCAAGUUCAAACCAGAACCCCAACUCUAACGUUAUCUUCCAUUUCUUCUCUGCAAAACCCUAACCCCAAGCUCCCAUUCCGAUCUUCAAUCAGCUUUCGCCAAUGGAACUCGCCGUUUCUGAGCUUCCGGAGCUCUGCUUCCGCUGCAAAGUUCCCCCCGUUGAACCGGUUCGUCAGAAACUGCGCAACUCCGAAUCAAGAACUUGUUGUUCUUGACGGAGGCAGCGAGAACGGAACGAUUUCUCCGCCGAGCGAAGUGAUGGCUGCAGAAGCUGAAGCAGAUGGGGUCAAGGCGGACGAUUUGGCGAAUCAGAGUAUUUGGGGUCAGAUGAAGGAGAUCGUCAUGUUCACCGGUCCCGCGGCGGGGCUAUGGCUCUGUGGCCCGUUGAUGAGUCUCAUUGACACGGCGGUGAUCGGCCAAGGGAGCUCCAUCGAACUCGCCGCUUUAGGUCCUGGAACAGUAAUAUGUGAUUAUAUGUGCUAUACAUUCAUGUUCCUCUCAGUUGCGACUUCAAAUCUCGUUGCCACCUCUCUUGCUCGGCAGGAUAAAGAUGACGUUCAGCAUCAAAUAUCCACCUUGCUUUUCAUUGGGUUGGCUUGUGGAUGUGCGAUGUUCCUGUUUACAAGGCUGUUUGGUCCCUGGGCACUAACUGCUUUUACUGGGGGAAAGAAUGUCGAUAUUGUGCCAGCAGCAAACACAUAUGUCCAGAUUAGAGGUUUUGCAUGGCCAGCUGUUCUCAUUGGAUGGGUUGCUCAAAGUGCAAGCCUGGGUAUGAAAGACUCUUGGGGGCCUCUAAAGGCACUGGCAGUUGCUAGCAUAAUAAAUGGUGUUGGUGAUGUGGUCUUGUGCACCUUUCUAGGAUAUGGCAUAGCAGGCGCAGCUUGGGCAACAAUGGUGUCACAAGUUGUUGCAGCUUAUAUGAUGAUGGAUGCUUUAAACAAGAAAGGAUACAACGCAUUUUUGCUCCGCAUACCUUCUCCAAAUGAGCUUCUAACAAUAUUCGGGCUGGCUGCCCCUGUUUUUGUAACUAUGAUGUCGAAGGUUGCUUUCUAUACGCUCCUUGUAUACUUCGCAACUUCAAUGGGCACCACAGUCGUAGCUGCUCAUCAGGUUAUGCUACAAACAUAUACAAUGUGCACUGUGUGGGGGGAACCUCUCUCUCAGACCGCACAGUCCUUUAUGCCGGAGUUGUUGUACGGGAUCAACCGCAACUUGCCUAAGGCCAGAAUGCUGCUGAAGUCACUUUUCAUAAUCGGAGCUACACUGGGUCUUGUAAUUGGAGCCGUUGGGACUGCGGUUCCUUGGCUGUUCCCUGGCAUCUUCACACACGACAAGGUUGUCGUAAAUGAGAUGCACAAGGUCAUUAUACCGUAUUUUCUAGCUUUAUUCAUGACACCGAGUACCCACAGUCUUGAAGGCACCUUGCUGGCUGGAAGAGAUCUCAAAUUUAUUAGCUUAUCUAUGACCGGAUGCUUGGCUGCAGCUGGACUUGUACUUGUGCUUCUGAGCAAUGGUGGAUUUGGCUUGCGUGGCUGCUGGUUCGCCCUUGUGGGAUUCCAAUGGGCUCGAUUUUCCCUAGCCCUUCAACGGCUUCUACAACGAGACGGUAUACUUUACUCAGAAGACACAAGUAGAUACGCAGUCGGAGAGAAAGUGAAAGCUGCUUAGCUACGAGAGUCAAAUUUACACCAAGAAGGAAACCGCCAUGGAUCAUAUCCUUAUAGAUUCCUCACUAGAACAGAUAAAAGAUUCGAUUCAAUUAAAUAUAGAUCCAACUGUAUUGUAAUCCAUAUUCUUGUUGAAUGAGAAAACGCCUUUGGACAAAUGAAAAUGCUUAGCAGA